AUGGGAGUCGCCUUGGGAUCGUACAUCGAUCAGCAUGGUCUAGAGCAGCUGGGCAAGUAUCGCUACGUAUCAGCCGGCAGCACUCCAAUCGACCGACUCAUGCAGCCUUUCUGGGAUGCAGUUGUGUCUUUCAUACCCAUGACGCUAGAUGCUGUAGAUGGGAAGCAGGCUAGAAGGACCAACACGUCUACGCCUUUGGGGCAGCUCUUCGAUCAUGGCUGCGACUCCUUCUCUACUGUGAGCUCCCGACUUGCAGUGGGAGACGGCUCGCUAAGCAGCAUUCUUACUGCACCCUCUGUUGUGUGUGUCUGUACUGCUGCUGCUGCUGCCGUUCCACCCCCCGUUUUUCUUGCAAGGAAUCUUCGCAGUUGCCUCUGUGGCGAUACUGCUAGUGCUGCCGCUGUUACUGCAUGCGUUUCAUGGUGGGAACGUGCCUGUGCGCAUGCCUUGCAGGUCUUUGCCGCUUUAAGCGUCUUGGGAACGAUCCGAGUUGGCAUAUCGGUUGCGGCGUUUAUGCUGAUUGCCAUCCUUCAGAUGCAGCUCUUCAUCUACACUUGGUGGGAGCUUCACUUUCACGAAUACCGCUGCCACACGGGAGUUACUGGUGUGACGGAAGGGCAACUUGUGAUGAUGGGAAUGAACAUCGUUGCUCUCGUCUUUGGUCCCGAAAUCUUCACAACCUCGCUCGCCGACGUCGUUCCCACAUCCUUCUUAGGCACACUGUCUGGUUACUUGCUAACCCUUCCGAUCCAGGCAUUCCUGGCGUUCCCAUUUUAUCUGCUCCUCAUUGGAAUGCUGGGAGCUGACGUCAUCAACGGUUGCAGGCAUGCGAAGAGACCUAGGAAGGCUGCGUCCAUGAUGGACGAACACCCUGUCUUGUGUUACUGGGCAAUGGUCUGCAACACUUCCAUCGUCGCUUUGCGGUUGAACCUCUCAGCGACAUGCAGGAUGGAGUUCACUCCGAUUCAAUGGCCAAUCCUCCCGUUUUGGCUGUGCUGCGUUUGGCUGUACAUAAUAUCGCCCGACGGUUCUGGAGUUGCUGCUGCAGUGAUGCCUCAGCUGCUGCAUUACCAGCAGCAGCAGCAGCUGGCCCCCUACGGUAGCACCAUACUGCUGGGGGUGUUGCUGUGGAGCGGUGUGUACCUAGCGAGUUUGCUUUUGUCUACCAUUUCCCUCAUUUGCUAUCAUUUUAAUAUCAGGUGCUUCGGUGUGGGGGAGAACUUCUCCAAGCAGCAGUAA